AUGGGCAGCUCCAAUUUCCUAGGCGGACACAGUCGCAAGCACAAGGUGACCAUCGUGGGGUCGGGCAACUGGGGCUCUACCAUUGCCAAGAUUGUCGCCGAGAACACGCGCGAGCAAACUGACGUCUUUGAGGAAAAUGUCCAAAUGUGGGUAUACGAGGAGGACGUCACGAUACCCAAGGAGUCAAAACACUAUGACGAGUCAACGGCCGAUCAGCCCCAGAAGCUCACCGAGGUCAUCAACAAAUACCACGAGAACGUGAAAUAUCUCCCCGGCGUCGCUCUGCCGCCCAAUAUCGUCGCCAACCCCUCCCUCAACGAUGCCGUCCAGAACUCGACGAUCCUCAUCUUCAACCUCCCCCACCAGUUCAUCCGCAAGGUGUGCGAGGGCAUCCGCGGCGAGAUCAUGCCCUUUGCGCGCGGCAUCUCGUGCAUCAAGGGCGUCAACGUGUCAGACGACGGCAUCAGCUUGUUCAGCGAAUGGAUUGGCGACGACCUCGGCAUCUACUGCGGGGCGCUGAGUGGCGCCAACAUUGCCAGCGAGAUUGCCCAGGAGAAGUGGUCCGAGACGACGAUUGCCUACGACCCUCCGCCCAUGGACAGCCGGGCGCCGACGCCCAGGAACGCGAGUCCCAACCCCGAUGCGGCGGGGGAGAUCCCCGAGAUCCAGCACCUCGACGCGCGGGGCCGCAAGUCCAAGACGAAGCUCACCCCGCUGCCCAUUGAGUACCCCCCCCUGGACCACAACUGUUUCCGCAUGCUCUUUCACCGCCCCUACUUUCACGUCCAGAUGGUGUCCGACGUGGCGGGCGUGUCGCUCGGCGGCGCGCUCAAGAACAUUGUCGCGCUGGCGGCCGGGUUCGUGGACGGCCGAGGGUGGGGCGACAACGCCAAGGCGGCCAUUAUGCGCAUUGGGCUGAUGGAGAUGGUGAAGUUUGGCAAGGAGUUCUUUGGCGAAACGGUGCGCACGGCCACGUUCACCGAGUCCUCGGCCGGCGUGGCGGAUCUGAUCACGUCGAGUUCGGGUGGGCGCAACUUUCGCUGCGCGCGCAAGGCCGUGGAGAAGGGCAUCUCGGUGCAAGACGUCGAGCGCGAGGACCUCAACGGGCAGAAGCUGCAGGGCACGUCCACGGCCCACGAGGUGAACAGCUUCCUCAAGGCAAGGGGCCUCGAGUCAGAGUAUCCCCUCUUUACGGCAGUAGACGGCAUCUUGCGAGGCGAGAAGAAGGUGGACGAUAUCCCUGCCUUGGUUUCAGACACAUGA